UCCCCCCACCCCCACCCCGGCCUGAUGAUGAAGCUGAGCCCACAGCACUGGCCUCUGUCCUGCCUCCUGAUGCUGCUGCCCUGGCCACCCACCAUUCCAGCGUCAACCUCACCUUGGCAGUGCCCACCUGGGGAGGAGCCCAGCUUGGACCUGAGGUGGGGAGCCCAGUUAUGCAGGGCCUGCCCCCCAGGUAGCUUCUCAGCCUCGUGGGGACCCAGCCCAUGCCAGCCCCACACCCGCUGCAGCCGUGGAGGGCGACUGGCUGCCCAGGUGGGCUCAGCAACUCGAGACACACUCUGUGGUACCUGCCGGCCUGGGUGGUUUGCCCUUGAUGGGGCCCCCCACAUCCCAUGUCAGCCCUGCUCCUGGGCCCCUCUGGGUACACAAGGUUGUGAUGGGCUGGGACACCGGGCCCGUCGUGGCGUGGAGCAGGCCGAGGGGGCCGGAGGUGGUGAGGAGGUGCCGGUGCCCGGGAAUGGCACGCGGUCUGGCAGCCCCGAGGAGACGGCGGCGCAGUACGCGGUCAUUGCCAUCGUGCCGGUCUUCUGCCUCAUGGGGCUGCUGGGCAUCCUGGUGUGCAACCUGCUGAAGCGGAAGGGCUACCACUGCACUGCCCACAAGGAGGCCGGGCCCGGCCCCAGCGGCCCGGACACUGGGAUCAAUCCUGCCUACCGGGCAGAGGACCCCACUGAGGACGACACCAUCGGCGUUCUGGUGCGCCUAAUCACUGAGAAGAAAGAGAACGCGGCGGCCCUGGAGGAGCUGCUGAGAGAUUAUCACAGCAAACAGCUGGUGCAGACAAGUCACAAGCCUGUGCCCAGGCUACCACCGGGCCGCCCCAACAUGCCACAUGUCUGCCCGCACCGCCACCACCUGCACACGGUUCAGGGCUUGGCCUCCCUCUCCGGCCCCUGCUGCUCCCGAUGUAGCCAGAAGAAGUGGCCUGAGGUCCUGCUGUCCCCUGAGGCUGCAGCAGCCACCACGCCUGCCCCCAGCUUCCUGUCCAGCUCAACCCGGGUUCCCAAGGCCGGGGCCAAGGGGGGGCGCCAAGGGGAGAUCACCAUUCUGUCGGUGGGCAGGUUCCGUGUGGCUCGAAUUCCUGAGCAGCGGACAAGUUCAGGGACCUCUGAGGUGAAGACCAUCACAGAGGCUGGGCCCUCAGGGGCCAACUCCCCCGACUCCUUGCGGGCAGGCCCCCCGCUGGAGCAGCGGACGCUGUUGGGCUGCGGCCCGAGCCACUCGAAGUGGCCGAAGCCUCCGAUGGAGAACAAGCCUGAGGAGAACUGCUAUGUGGUCCGCCUAAGCGAGAGCAACCUCGUCAUCUGAAGGACUGACUGGCCGCAGGAUACCGAACCCUGCCCUGGAAGGUCCCUGAGGGAUCCUGGAGGAGGAAGAGCUGCAUCUGGGCCUGUGCCAACCAGCAGUAAUGGCCAGGCAGACAGCACCCACUGUAGAGGCCAAGGCCUGGAGGUGGGACCGUGCCCCAGCAAGGAGGCAGGCUGACUGGCCAUGUGUGCAGCAGAGGGGACCCACCGCAGGCCCCUGCUGCCCUGCCCCUUCCCUGCAGGAGCCCCCUGCUCGGCCCUGGCCAGAUCCUCAGAGCCAGCAGGGCCCUUUCUAUCAACUGGGGGCCUCACCUCGGUAGGGAGCGGACCCUCGGCCCGCUACUCCCAGCCCCACUCUUACUUCCGUCCAGGGCCCCAGACAGUUGGGCCUCCUCCUCCUCUUCUGGCAGGUCCUGUAAAGGGGUGAGGGAAACACCAGGAAGCCCUUAGUGGGGGUUGAGUUCCUGACAGCCCCAGGGAGCAGCAGGGUCCCAGUGUCUGGCUUUUGAGUGGGGAGAGGGCAGCUCGGCUGGGGCCAGUGCGGGGGAGGAGCUUGAGUCUCUGCCUUGCCCCACAUCAGUACCUUUCUCUGGCCCCCGUUUUAGCUGCCGCCUGCUUCAAGGUCCUAGUGAGCCUGUUCCAGCCCUGGCUUAAUGCAUGUGCACCUGCCCCGCCCCUCCUCUUCACCCUUCCUAACGAAGGGGCAGCAGGCUUACCCGGGCAGAGCCCCUGGCUGCCCAGGACCUCAGGAGCUUGCUGCUGGUAAGGGGGCCAGAGAAGCACCUCUGACCACGGUGGUUCCCGUGUCCCUGUGGUGUUGGCACAUUGGUUCCCCCACCUUGGGCAGUGCAGGCGACUGCCUGAUGACCCGUGACCCGACCAUACACUGGUUAUUUAUGUGGUGCCGUGCAGGCGCGGGCCCACUGCUACCACCGCAUUUCUCUUAUUUAUUGAAACUUGGCUUUUGUGCCCCCGUCCAUCCGUCUUCUGAACAAUAAAUGGUGGGAAAGUGG